UCAAUGACAAGAGAACUAGUUCCCGUGUCAGGGGCGUGGUAUUGUGACGUAUUUCCGACGGGUGACCCCUCUCGUCCUUCUUAGUUGCUGCAGACUAGUGAUAGAAGAUGGUGCAGGGAGAAGAGAGAGAUUGGGAAGGGGAACCAGAGGAGGAGGAAGAGGAGGAGGAAGAAGAGUUAGUGGAUCAUUUAACCACAGUGCGGGAGCAGUGUGAACAGUCUGAAAAAUGUGCAAAGUCUCGAGAGAUGCUAGAGCUGUGCGAGACUCGGGUCAAUUCUCGUUCACAUACAGAAGAGGAGUGUACUGAAGAACUCUUUGACUUUCUACAUGCUAGGGACCACUGUGUUGCUCAUAAAGUGUUCAAGAACCUAAAAUAAUGUUUUAAUUAAGAAUUCUCAUGAAUGACUUUUGUUUGCUGAGCUGUCGCUUUCAGUACAGUGCUAUUCUCCGCACCAUGGCUAAUAUUUUGUGGGAUAAUGCCUAUAAGUAAAUAUCUACAGUGAUGUUGUGACUGUUAAUAAAGCUAUUUGCUGUUGA